AUGGGCCUCCCUCCAAUCUUCCCCGACUUCGCCGCCCAAGCGCCUCCCACCUUUUCGUCCCCAUCAGCCCACAGACCUGCCAUCUCCUCGCCCUUGUCGUCCAGCCCCAUUCGCGCGACAACACCGCCGCCACCGCUGUCGGCAUGUGACGCUAACGCGCGGAGGGAGAUCCAGUCGUCGCCCAUACCCGCGUCGUGGUCGUCAUCGUCGGGCCCCUCCAAGCCCGUCAGCAGGUUCGCGGCGCGCCCCACGCGGCCGAACCCCGUGGUCAGCCAGAAGCGCGAGGCGGCGCAGGAGAGCAGGCGGAAGCUCUUUCUCAAGAACGUAAGGCAGAGGGCGGACGACAGCAGGUGGGAGAGGAGGGGCGGCGAGCAGGAGUUGCUCAAGCUGGAGUGGUUCUCCCUGAACAAGGACCUGCGGCAGGCAAAGAACGCCGACCUCGACGGGCUGGUGUUCGAGUCGGACAUCGAAGAGGCCGCGCGACUGCGCGAGGAGGAGGACGCCGCCGCCGCCACCACCAGCUCAUCAGCGGCUGCGCCAUGGGGAACAGCCGGGCGGAGCAAUCCUGAUGCGGACGAGAUGAUGGUGGACACUCUGGAGCGAGAACAGCGAGCCGAGGUCGAGGAGUACGAGGCCAUGAUGGCGUCAAUACGGGACGGCGGAUCUGACGGGCUACAGUGGGGCCAGCAGCAUGAGCAAAAGCCGCCGGAUUCGCCCCACCUGUCUGACGACGACGACUACGAUGCGCUGUUCAUGGACUACCUAUCUCAGGAUCACCAUGGUCUGGAGCAGGCGCCCCCUUCUUCGGGCGAGAUGGAUUUGUCAUGA